GACCAAACGCGCACAACACGCAGACAGUCUGCGGCAGUCGAGCGAAGUGAACGGACGUGUUAAGCGGAUUGCGCACGAACGUUGGCGGUUAGAGCGCAAGCAAUUUGAACGCGACCAAGUAACGAGUGCAGUUAAAUCAAGUUAAACGGUGCUUACGAUUUACGAAAAAUAAACGUGCGUUAAAGUGAAAAGAAAAAAAUAUAUUCUAAUUCAGUUGGCAAGCGAAUUUAGUAACUGACAACCGAAACAUAAUAUUUUUUUAAAUAAAAAGUAGUGUAGUUCACUUGGUGCUGUGUCGCCUUGUAUGUAUGCAACCGAUGCAACGACAGACUGUGUGUGCGCGCAGCAACAGUUGGGCAUGCUCCGUCGAGUGGCACGGUCGUUAGACGGCUGCCAGCACGAGAACCUAAGUGAAAAGCCAACGCCGAGCGCGUAUGUGAAUGUGCCAAAAGAAAACGUGUGCAAAACCGCGCGGCAUGCCAUAAAGAAGAAAGUGACUAGCCGCCAGACGGUUGAAACGACAAAGCUCAAGAUGACGCACGCGAUAAAGGUGGUUCCGCAAGGCGGCUCAUGGCAGCGCGCCAUAUGGCCCAUGACCUUGCUGUGCUGGUGUUUUAUUAUAUUAGGCAAUGCGCCAGCAAAUGGGCUGAACUACGUCGAUGACACGACCGCGAGCGCUGAGUUGAACACGCAAGCCGGGGCUCGAGCUAUGGGCCUCUAUGGGGCACGCGAACCGCGUUUCGGUGAUCGUUUGCUGCCGUUGCGCAAAAAGACCGGUGCGAUAGUAAAUGUGGCGGCGCCCAGUCAAAGGCAAGUGAAUAGUAUUUUGAGUAAAAGUAAUUAUGUGGUCAGUUACGCGAGUGCGAAUACAAAUAACGCGGCUACAAGUGCGAAAGUUGCGGCACGUGCCGCAAACACAAACACGACUGCUGAAGUGAAUGUAGCGCGUAAUAACAAAGUGGAUGUGAGUGUUAGUGUUGAGCCCAAAACUGAUUUGUACACCAUGGAGGUGCAUCAAGCUGACUAUACAGCAGCGCCAGUGAGCGCAGAACGUCGCGGCAAACAGCUGAGUCGACGCGAGGAUACCAACAUCGGCGGGCUGCUGCUAGACUCGACUACUUUCAGCAGUAAGGACACGAAUAUUUCGAAAGCUGAUCGCCUGGUAGUCAUGUCCACCGAGUUCUUCGUAGUGCCAACCAGCACACCACUACCAAGCAAUGCGUACCCAACGAGACCGCCAGCACGUACAGGCGCUAAGGCAGCAGUACUACCUGACUAUAUACAGCCACCGUCCGGUGUACCGACUGCGGGACCACGAUCGGUUUUGAUCGUAGCGCCGCGGCCGUUGAACACCUCGAAUGCAGCGAAUAGCGUCAGCGCGGGUUUGCCACCGUCCAUAGUGCCCACACAUCUGCCAUUCACUGGGCUGCGAAAGGAGCCUUGGGUGGUGCCCGUGCUAGUGUUGGCCGCACUGACAAUGCUAAUGAUGACAGCUUUUGAGAUUUUUGUGCUGUUCAAGGCGUGGCGUACAUCACCUUCGCGCCGUCAUCUGUUUCUCGGUCAGAUGCUACUGUUGGGUCUGUUUGCUUGUGCCGGACUCGGUGCCGUGCUAACAGCGCAGCCCUCAUUGCUCAGCUGUGGCGCAAUACGUUUCGGCGUGGGUGUUGCCUACGCGCUUGUCUUUGCCGCACUACUCGUCAAGUGCGUUUUCCUCAUUAGUCUCAAUGGUGGUGUGUAUCUACCGGCACCCUAUCAAGGAUUGCUGUUGCUCUUCGCCGUGCUCAUACAAGUCGCCAUAGGCACACAGUGGCUACUCACACAACCGCCGGAGAUCUAUACGCAAAGUGUACCCAUACUUGGUAAUAGUCUAUUGGCACCUACUGUAGCUUCCAGCAGCGCCACAUCUGCGGCGCAUACCUUCGCAGCGCUUUUUCAACCACACAGCGCUACAGCCAGCAAUGGGCCGUCCGCAGCAGCGCUCGGCUCCAGUCUCGGCUCGGAUCUGUAUGCACGUAUCACUGCAGCCGGUACGAUGCUGAUACCGUUAUGCAAAACACAGUUCUCGGAGCUGCUAUUUUCGCUCAUCUACAUUGUGUUUCUGAUUGUGUUCGUCGCUGUGUUGGCCAUCAAAUCGCGCGGCAUACGCGACAAUUAUCGCGAGGCCACCUACAUUGGUUUGGCUAUUGGCGGCGCUAUACCCAUUUGGUUGGGCUGGAUGCUGUGCGGUUUGGCGGUGGCGGAUCGCCAUAAGGAUGCUUGUAUUGCUUUCGGACUGAUAGCGACAUCAGCAACUGUCUUUCUAGUUAUGUUUAUGCCGAAAGGUCGUCAACUGGCGGCUAUGGGCAAGGAGGGCCUCUACGUGGAGGAUCGUGAGGAGCAGUUCAGCUCGCUGAGUCGUGCUGGCUCCGGUUACUCACCCUCAUUCUUCCACUUUAAGCCGAUCAAGUACGGAGUAAUGGGCGGCGGCAUGCAGAAUUCGGCAACAAAUACGGGGAACGGCGCCAGCAUGAAGCACUGCUCGAAUGGUCUGGGCGGAGGCGGCGGAGAUCGCGUUGCCUUGGUCACCGCAGCACCACCGAGCUAUACACGUAUGUAUCACUAUUUUCCAGCACAUUUAUCAGCGCACCCGUUUUGUUUUUAUCCACAACCACCCCCACCACCACCGCCACCACCAAUUCCACCGCCAACGUUGACACAAUUGCCCUCACCACCGACACUCAAACAAUUGGGCAACUCACUGUCGUCAAUGACACAAGCACAUAUCGCACAGACACUCCGGUAUCCAGGUAAGGUUUAUUUAUACGACCCGAUGAGACCAAUCUUUACACGACGUUGGAACCAACAUUAAGCAGUAAUCCGAACGUGUACUUCCAACGCGGCGGUGCGGUACAUCCGGGCAUGAUGUACUAGGUACAACCAACGAACUACAAGCGAAAGUUUAAAAAUUCACACGAAACACAAGUGAAUUGAGAAGACGACGACGACAUUGGCUGCUGACAGUGGUGACAAAAAGCCGCGCGACAGUCGAGCACUGAGCAACUCAAAGUAUAAAAGUAUAACUUAUUGCAAUACGAAACGCUAAGCUAAGUUAAAAACUGAAAGGAAAAUUUAAUUUUUAUGAACGUAGUAAUAAGGAAACCAAUUUUCUAGCAUAUACGAGUAAGUCCCACAUUUUUAGGUUGUAAGAACUCCAAGUGCACAUUUGCUCCCAGGGAGUGUAUUUAACAAUAAGAACUCACUACACGUAUUACUUAAGAUAAGCUGUACUUAAGCGCUUAAGCACGAAAGAAAGAAAACGAAAGGAAAGAUAUGAGUAAGCGUAAAUAAGGAAGCGAAAACGUAACGACAAGCUAACAAAAAUAGAAGCAUGAGCACAAGAAAUCGUUAAGCAAAGACUUAAACUAUAUUCUAAACAUAAAUGAUAAAGUAGAGACUUAAGAAACGAACACUCAUAGCAUAUUAAGAGCAAUUAUGGCCAGAUUUACUACGAAAAUAGAAAAACAGGGUGUUUUUUUAGACAUCAGGUUUUCAGAAGGCAUAAAAUGAACAUAGAUUGAAUUUAUGGUCAAGAGUACAGCUUGAAUAUAAAGCUAAGGGUUUGUCAUUAGGUUUUAAAAAUAGUUUCGAGCAAGUGACCGCCGCGGCACGCACAUUAAGUCAAAGAGCCAAGAGAACCAAUUUCGACCAUUUUUUGCGAGAUUGGUGCCGCAUAUCAGUAUGUCAGCAAUAACGCGCCGAAUUAUCGCUUCCUAGACGUCAAUUAACUUCAACUUAACUAGGUGGACCAGCGACUCCACAAAAUCCCACAAAAAAGUCUAGCGGUAGCACAACGCAAGAUCUUGGAGGCCAUGCCGCAGGCUCACGGCUUGUGUUAAUGUGCUCACCAAAAGAUUUCUGCAAUAAAUUGAAAGUAUCAUUGAACGUAAGCCAUGUUGCACCGUUUCCUUUUGGUACUGAAGGUCUUCCGCAUCAACAUUUACCAGUUCAGGCACGAAAAAGACAUUAAUUAGGGCUCUAUAGCAUUCGAGAUCGAUUAUAACAGUUGGUCGGCUUAAGUUUUGAAGAAAUAUAGUCCAAACAGUGAUUUUUUGAGAAUUUAAGAACGUCCGAGGCUGUUGUUUCCUUUUAAUUCGGGGCGUUGUUUACAAGGUGGGUCCCAAAUCCAGCACACAACCUUGAGAAGGAAUGGUUCGCUUUCUCACUUAAGUUUGCCUUCAAGCGGCUGUUCUUUGGCUAGACAGAGCAUACUUGGUAUAAGACCGAAAUUCGUAAGCUGCUUGAGCCAUAUGUAAAAGAAUCGUUUCUGGCCACUCCCAAGUGAAUGGCGCUCAGAGAACUUUCCUCACUUGCGUGAACUUCUACACAUGACUCCAUCCUCUUCUCAACAAUGUCUUUUGGAUUAUCAUCACUCCAAAUGCGACACUUUGGUUAUUAAGGUACUCAUUGCGCCAAAAGUCAGCUUCAUUGAUGAACAAAAAUUUUCUUGUUAAAACAGAUAUCUGUGGUCUUCUCAUUUUGGGUCCCAAGACGCGAUGUCUAGUUGGUCUCAAUUAUUAUACGAAUUGGAUUUUAUAAGCCGGUAAAUCAAGCUUCUUUCGAAAAUCCUUCCUAAAGUGGAUGGACGUAGCUCCGUGUGCGAUGACGGAUGAACUCAUUCGGGUCUUCUUCGAUAUUGUAUUCGGUGCGCUCCGAGCUGACACUAACAGAUUGUGGAUUAUCCAAUAAAGUAAACGUGUUGCGACUCCGAUCCACGGUUGAUCAUCUGACUAACUCUACUGUGCGAUUAUAUUGACCGAAUAUUGGACGUAGCGGCUUUGAGUCGCGGGAACCGAACCAUUAUUUUGCAAACGUUGUGCCGGAGUAAAUCACUUCAUCACGAAAUAAUGAACCAAACCGGGUAUAGACCAAGUAAAAGCUGUCAAAAAGACCAAAUCUGACAAAAGCAUUGCUUCAUUGAAAACGACAAGUCUAAAAAGAAUCACCCAUUAAAAUCUGGAGAAUAUUAGCGCCACAACAACUUCAUAUAUGGUAGGCAGCCAAACACAGUGUUAGAAAUAAAAAUACGCGCACAUAAUAUUUGCGCAAUUUGCACGCGAUUUUCGUCGCGCCACGAAGUUAGUGAUGGGCUGACUAAUAAACACCAUUUGCAGUCUACAACCGCGCUCUUGUCAGUGCAGCGGCGCGCGGAACGCGGCACUCAGGCUAAGCGCAUGAAAGCGCGCUAAUAGCGGGCAUCACUCUAAGCGCAAGGUGGCGCGCUACGCAAAAGGGCGCGUUGAGCGCACCACAGAAAUAAUAAACAAACAAGCAAUUUGGAGCAAGCGCCAAGGCGUUGAACGCGUUCAGUGCGAGACAUGCUGCGCGCUGCUUUAGCAACACCUGCCGCCGCGUGCGCGCCGCAGUGAAAGUGAUUCGUUGCGUAAGUCGACAGCCGACAGUCAUAAGCAAAGAAAACUUGAACAAAGGAACAAGCAAGUGUAAGCCGAAGAAAUGUUGUGUGACCGUAAGCUUUCGGUUUUUAUUUUGAUUGCCAAUUUCUAUACACACGCUCGCCACACAACAGCGCAGACAUGUGUUUUGUUGGCAUUUUUUUGUAACAAUAAUGCUUUUUUGUGUGUUUGUAUGCCUCGCAGCGCGCUGCCACGCAUAAGUAGCAACACGCAGCGCUGCCAAAUGCGGUGCGCGCAGGCGCGGUAUAUGAGCGUCGCUAACUUGAAAUGUGUAACGAAAUCAACACACGCAUUGUUAUUGUGCUCUUCAAUAAAUUUUAUGCGCCGCUUAAAUUAGUUGAAAGCAUUAAAUAUUGAUUUUUCGAUUUUUCGAUUGCUCGAUUUUUUUUAGCUUAAGUACCAAUGCACUUACGUAAGUUUAAGUCUAUUUUUAAUUGCUAGUAAUUACUUGUAAAUAAACGCUAAUGUUAAUAAUUACAAAAAUAAUAAAUAAUAACAAAAACAUGAAAUUUUAUGUAGCUGUAAGUCAAAUACAUAUAUGUAUGUCUAGUGUUAAGUAAGUCUCUUGAUAUUUACUUACGCAUUACAAUAAGCGCUUCCAUAUUCGUAUAUUUGUGUGUUUCUCUUUUUAAGUAUUAGUUGUAAGCAUGUAAGUGAUGUAACUGUGUAUUUGUAAGUAUUCAACGACUUGUCAAUACGAACUCUUUAUACUGUGACAAUGUAUGAAAAGCGUAAAAGUUUAAAUAAAAUAUAACGAGAUAACGGAAAUUUU